UCGGUCCCUCCUCCCUGCUGGCUUAUUAUCGGCCCGCCUGCUUCCCCCAGCAUAAGCAGCAUUUCACACAGCAGCAACAGCAAAAGGGGAGGACGCGCGUUUUGGUUCCUCAAAGUCAACCGAAAGAAGAAAAGUCGCACACAGGGUUGGAAAUAACAGUAAAAUUUGGAUUUCCACACAUCAGAGAGACACUUUUUGUUGUUAGGAUGAGAGCUUGAUCUGAUUUCGAAGCCACUUGAGUGAAAUCCAUAAAAACUGAGCAGAAUCCACAAAGAGGAUCAGCAUGGCGUCCACCGAGGAGCCGUCCGGCACGGUCUUGCACCGGCUCAUCCAAGAGCAGCUUCGCUACGGAAACCCCACCGACACCCGCACCUUACUCGCCAUCCAGCAGCAGGCACUGCGCGGGGGCAGCGGAAGCAACAGCGGGGGAGACAUGGGCCGGAGCCCAAGGUCUUCUCUGGAGAGUCUCACCCAGGAGGAGCCUGCACUCCCCCAGCUGUCCGCAAGACAAGAACCCCAGGGCCAGGAGCACCAGGGUGACUUCCACCAUUCAGAAAGUGGCUUUCAACUCUACCAGCUCCACGGUGAAGAGCUGCCCACCUAUGAGCAAGCCAAGGCGCAUUCUCAGUACCUGGCCACCCACUGGGCGCCGCCGAGCCCUGGUAGAGCGUCCCAGGAGGGGGUUUUCCACGAGGAGGUGGACGAAAUGGAGCGGAAGUGCGCCCACACUCGGUCCCUUAGCGAGCACCGCAUGCAAAUCUCGCUGGAGAGGAACGAUGCAGCUGCCAGGGCAGAGGCUGUCAAGAGUGCUUCUCACAGCUACCCUGAGUUGGCUUACUACCCCCAGUGGGGAACCCAGAGCUUGGAGAAACGCAACCCUCCACCCGAGUACUCGGCUCCCGUCCAGGGACAAGGAUUUAUCCCCCACCAGGUCCAAGAGCCGGCACAGGCCCCGCAGCACAGGUACAUUCAGUCCGGCCCACCAAGUGACAUCGCUUGCUACAAUGCAUUCGCCAGCUUGCCUUCUGCUGGUUUGGAUGAACCCAACCAAGUGGAGCUGCUGUUGAUGGAGAACGAGAGGCUGAGGCAAGAGCUUGAGGUUCAGAGGGAGAAGACCGGCCGUAUUCAGAAGUUGGAGCAGGAAAUCCAACGCAUUUCCGAGGCCUAUGAGAAACUAAUGCAUGGAAGCAGUAAGCGAGAGACUCUGGAGCAGACGCUGAGGAGGAGGCUAGUGGACGAAAUCCGCCGGUUGCAGGAUUUCAACCGAGACUUGAAGGAGAACUUGGAAAAGGCCCGGACGCAUGCCGCCAAAGAAGUGCAGGUUGCUGACCACAACCAGCACAUCAUGGCAAAACUCCUCGAGCAAAAUGAGGAGCAGAACGUGGAACGAGAGCGCAUGGAGCGAGAAGCUGAGCGGUUGCGGGCCGCAGCCGAGGAGCAGAGCCUCCGCACCAAAAGGCUUGAGGAGGCCUUGGAGGCGGCCCGAGGAAGAGGCCGUCAGUUGGAGGAGGAGUUGCGCAGGAAGAGGGCCUAUGUGGAGAAGGUGGAGAGGCUUCAGAGUGCCCUUGCUCAGCUGCAGUCCACCUGCGAGAAGAGGGAGGGUUUGGAGAUGAAGCUCAGGACAAGACUGGAGCAGGAGCUUAGGAGUUUAAGGGCUCAACAGCGCCAGUCCCAACCACCUGGAGUGACCAUGGGUUCCCUCCAAGAGCGUCUGCGGGAGCGCGAGGAACGCAUCCUGGCGCUGGAGGCCGAUAUGGUGCGCUGGGAACAGAAGUACUUGGAAGAGAGCACUAUGAGGCAAUUCGCAAUGGAGGUGGCUGCCACGGCUGCCGCACAGAGAGACACCACCAUAAUCAACCAUUCGCCGUGCCACUCCUCCAACAACAGUUUCAACGAAGACCUGCCAGUCGCAGACUUCCGCAAUCAAGAAAUGGAGAACAGGAUUCGUGCUCUCUACGCUCAAAUCCUGGAAAAGGACGCCGUUAUCAAAAUCCUCACCCAGCGGCUGCACCAAGACCAAGGUCGGAAGGAUGAGCAGAGUCCUCGCACCAACCUACUGAGCGCAGCCGGGGCGCCCCUGAGACUGGCCGCGUCCACACCCUCCAUUUUCACAACAAAAAGUGCCUCCAAGAGUCGAGGUAAAAGUCUCUCUGAUGACCAGACAUUGCCGAUCCACCCGUUUUCCGCUCAGUCGGAACCUGGCACGCUGGAACGACAGACGGAAGGAUCCAAAGGCAACGAGGCCUCUGGUGUCACCAAGCUCAGCUCUGAUAUGACAACGCCAAAGAAGUUGCUACUAAACCCCUUCAAAGGCCUGGAAGAAUUAGAGUCUGACGCAGUGGAAAUCUUUAUUUAAUAGGACAGAACAGUGUGAGAAAGUAUUCCCGAUAUGUGUGAAGUCUGUCACAGGAAAAAGAUAUGGGAUGUAAGAAGCCUGAAUAUUGCGAGAAAUGAAUGGGGUUGCUGGGGUUGAUUUUCCCACUUUUUGAGAAAGAGCUGUGCUCUAACUGGCGGCUGCAGGCAGUCGUCUUGGGACUUUUCCCAGGUACUCGGACAGUAUUUUGGAUUGCGAUUGGUGUGUGUGUGUGUGUGUUUGCCAAAAUAUUUAUAUAUUGUAUGGAAUGGAUAUAAUUGCUGCUUCCUUCCUGUCUUUUUAAUCUUUAAAAUUCUAUUUUCCAAUUCCAGUGAAUGACAAAACAGUGUAUCUAUCUAUCUCCUCUCUCUCUCUCUCUCUCUCUCUCUCUCUCUCUCUCUCUCUCUCACUGAGACCCUGUAAAUAUUCAGAAUUCCCCUCCAACAAAAUGUGUAUUUUUUUUAACCUGAGUAACCUCAAUUUCGUCCCAGUUGCUCACUAAUUUAUAAAAGAAAACACUGUUAAAUAGCUCGGGUUUUGCUUAUUCUUGACAUCCCGGCAGCUGGUUCUGCUAAAGACAAGAAUCACAGAAUCACGUGACUAGAUGUCGUUUAUUGUCUUUUUUUUUCUUUUGCAAACUGACACAGACCUGAUGUUGUUUGUAAAUGUGUGUGAGGGGGGUUGAAUUCAUUUAUAGCUGAUUUGUGUUUGUAUGCAAUGUGUAAUCUCCCCAGAAUGGCCAUUCUGCUGGCUCGGAUGCCGUUAUUGUGAGAGUUUAAAAAUGACAACAUUGUGAUUUUUGUGUUUAAUGUGAGCUUUUGAACUAACAAACACAGGUUAAUAAUAAUUAUUGUUCUUAAAUAUAUUUUUAUUCAGAGAUCCGUAUUAUUAUUAUUAUUGUAGAUAAUAUAGAGCGUUGAGAAAGAUGCCAAAGAGUUGUAUGUUUUUUUUUAUGUUCUUAAAUUAUGUGCCGACAAUCGCGGUCCAAGUCAAAAGUUGGACACAACCCUGCGAGUGUUGACUUCUGGCAGGCAUUUCUGUCAUCUUCAGAGCAUUUUGAAGGUUUUUACAGUUGAAUUUCACUCAACAUUUCAUAAAACAAUAAAUAU